UUUGUAGUCGGGAAGGGGGGUUGUCAUGUCAACAGGUUGAUAAAAGUGAAACGGAAGUGCAGUAGAAAGAAGUUCAACCAGCAGUGUCGGAGCACAGCCAGCGCUUCUGUCCUUGCAGACUAACGGGACGAGGAUCCUUGUCUAGCAGGUAAAUAUUCUAAGACAAAAUGGCAGAGAAACAUGUUCAGGAUGGAAAGGAAAAAUUUGUUCCCAAGAACUGGAAAGUGUUGGCCCCAUCAGAACUUAGAAGGAUGGCUCCACAGCAGAGAGCCAGAUACAUGGCCUAUGAGGAGCCCAACAAGGUGGCGGUCGACUCAAUGCAGGCCUCACAAAAACGCAUAAAUGAGACUGUUAAAGCAAGUCAGGAAAGGCAGAAAAGUAUGGAGUCCAAGACAAAUGAAGAGGAGAGCAAACAAGAGAAGCUGAUUGGUCAACUAAAAGCAGCAGAGGCAAGAAGUCGUGUACGAAUCUUAAGGCUACAUUUUCAAAGUAUGAGAGCUCAGGAAAUCAAUCAACUGAUACUAAGUCAACCAACUGCUAGAGAUGCGGUGCGACUGGAGGUCCUCCUUCCACCACGAGGUCAGAGACCAAGCCUCAGUGACCCCGUCGAUAAACUAGAGAGAAAACGUAUUGAGCAGAUACUGGAAGACGAUCAAGGAUUAACAGUCAACAGGAAACCAUAAACACUGACUCUCACAAUGAGUCAACCUUUCAGCCAUAAGGAAACAACAUUUUGUGAGAUGACCUAUAAGCAAAAUGUCAGCAUCAACCCAAAUGGCAUUCAGCAGAACUGAACAACACCCUAUAACUUUACAUUGCUAAAGUAAUCCCUUGAGUAACUCUGACAACAUAAUCUGAAAUUUCCUUCAAUUUAUAUAUCAUUAGGGAGCUUAUGCCUGGCACGAACUAUGCUUAUGUUGGACCUUUAAACAGUAAGCAUGUAAACUGUAUCAAGAAUAGUAACAUUUUCAGCAACUGUGUUGUCAUCAUUUGAGACUUUGAUUAGUUGCACUUCAGACCUGUGUCCAUUCAGAACGGUCUCUGAUUCAGAUCUAUUGUCAUCCAGUUUUUAUUAGGCUUAGAAAGCCUUUGGUUAACACUGGUUUGCUUUCAGAACAUUUAAGAUUCAGACAAGCUGACAGUCAAGCUGAUAAGCAUUGACUCACAGAUAUCUCUGACAUAUAGACUCAUUUCUUCAGCUGUUAUUAGAAAAUCUUUAUGAUGAUCGUUCAGUGUAUUCUUUAUUUUAUGCCAUGCGUGUAAAUUACAGGGCCAUGAUCGACCCUUCACUGUUUUAGGUGUAGUAAUAUGUCUGAUUAUAGUAUGAAACAUGCCACAACACUGCCAUUGAGUGAACCAUAUCUAGCAGUGUGUUUGAGUCUUGUUCAUUCCAUUUCAAUGCUUUUGUAUCUGGUAAGUGUGCAUUGUAAGCAUUCAUUUGUAUUGGCUGUUUUGUAAUAAAGUAGUUAACUUCCUGAUGA